AUGAGGGAUCAUGGCAUUUGUUGGACUGGUACCACAAGCCUUUCUCCUUCCCACCAAUUUCAACAGCUUGUUCCGCAGAACAAGGACUUGGCCUCAGAAAAGGACUACUCGCCAGGGGACUCUCCUCCAGGGACGCCGCCAGCCUCUCCCUUGUCGUCAGCGUGGCACUCAUUCCCAGAGGAGGACUCCGACUCCCCGCAGUUCCGGAGAAAGGCGCACACGUUCAGCCACCCACCCUCAAGUACAAAGAGAAAACUCAACUUGCAGGACGGGAGGGCGCCUGGCUUGCGCUCCCCACUGCUCAGACAGGGCUCCAGCGAGCAGUGCAGUGAUGGAGAAGGGAGAAAAAGGACCUCCUCUACCUGCAGCAAUGAGACCCUAAAUGCCGGAGGAACGCCUGUCACUCCUCGCCGGAUCUCCUGGCGGCAGCGCAUCUUCCUGCGGGUUGCUUCGCCCAUACACAGAUCUCCCUCAGCAAUGCAACAGCAAGAUGGGCUGGACAGGAACGAGCUGCUGCCACUGUCCCCUCUCACUCCCACCAAGGAGGAGGACCCACUGGUAAUUUUCCUGUCUGGCGAGGAGGACCCAGAGAAGGGUGAAGAGAAAAAGAAGUCCAAAGAGUUUAAGAGCUUGUGGAAAAAGGCUAUACAUCAACAAAUCUUGUUGCUGCGAAUGGAAAAAUAA